CUGGUCACUGUGGUGUUCCAGAUCUUAUAGUCAAUGGUCAAGUAAUUGGAGAAAAUUACGGAUAUAGAGACACAGUUGUAUACCAGUGCAGUCCUGGUUUUCGGUUGAUUGGUUCUUCUGUACGAAUCUGUCAACAGGAUCACAACUGGUCUGGUCAGCUUCCAUCCUGUGUGCCUGUUAGCUGUGGUCACCCUGGAAGUCCUAUUUAUGGAAGAACAAGUGGAAACGGUUUCAACUUCAAUGAUGUUGUGACAUUCUCGUGUAAUACUGGCUAUGUUAUGCAAGGACCAACCAAGGCACAGUGUCAGGCUAAUAGGCAGUGGAGCCACCCACCUCCAAUAUGCAAAGUGGUCAAUUGUUCUGAUCCUGGAAUUCCUGCAAAUUCUAUAAGAGAAAGUAAAAUCGAACAUGGAAAUUUCACAUACGGCACUGUGGUGAUACAGCUGGUUCUUGUGGUGAUCCAGGUAUCCCAGGUCAUGGGUCUAGAGAAGAAAACAAUUUUAAAAUUAAAAGCACGGUACAUUUCAGCUGUGAUAUUGGAUAUAUCCUCCAUGGCUCAGAAGAAAGGACAUGUAUGGCAAAUGGAAGUUGGACAGGAAGACAACCUGAGUGCAAAG